AUGUCUUCUGCCCCGCCAACAAGUGGACUCCCACCUCAAACGUGGACCCGAGACUCCAACCGUGAAUUCUUCAUUUCAACCGAACCAAGCCUACUGUCUGUCAAAGCAGUCAAUGCCGCAUUCGGUAGCGACUUCGUAUACUGGGUCAAAUCCCCCUUCCCAGAGGAGGUGUUAUGGCAGAUGCUCCAUGGCGCCUUGAGUUUCGGCGUGUACAGGUGGACCCAACCCCCAAAUGAUUCUACCACGCCGAGUCCAGAGAACACUGAGCAGAUUGGACUUGCUCGUAUGGUCACAGAUGGGUGUUCAUUUGCUUAUCUGUCGGAUACCUACGUUCUCCCCGAGUACCAAGGUAGCGGACUUGGGAAAUGGCUUAUCUCUUGUGUUGCCGAGACCUUUUCUAAGGAGAACAUGCCACAUCUACGUCGGAUUAUGUUGCUCACUGAUGAUGAGCGCAUGCAGACUUUCUACACGAAGAUGUUUGGUGUGAAGGUUGUCGGACGUGAAGAACGAAAGGACAUGGGGAGGGAUUUAGUGUUUAUGUGUGCCAGACCGCAUGCACAGCAAUCAUAA